AAUUUCAAGAACUAUUGAAUAUUUGGUAAAAGCUGGCAGUGCUAUUCAUUAAAAAUUUGACAUUUGACGUCGCAUGUCAUUGCCGCCAUUGAACGCACCUUGUAACUAAGAUGGUCGCCUUGUUUCGCUUGUGCUGUAUCUCGUCGGAGUACAUUCAGUAUUUUUUUUUUAAUUUUGUUUAAGAGAGAAAUCAUUAACUUAUAGUGAUGCGACGUCGCAACGAGAGCAAAAAGUCUUCGGAAGUGUCGCCUGCACCAGCCUCGCGGCGUUCUAGUCGCAGAUCACGUAAGUCAUUAUCUGAAAGUGAAGUAGAAGUGGAGACGCCCGAUGUUAAAUCCGAUAUUAAUGAAGAUGUAGGUAUAUCAAAGGUAGAGGAUUCUGGUGAUGAGCGUGUGGAAACACGCCGAAAAGGUCGCAAUUCUCGCAAGUGCACACCGGUAAGUGAACGAUCAAAUAGCGCUAAAAGUAAAACGCAGGUUGCAAUAAAAACAGACUUAGAUGUUAUUGCUGAGGAACAAAAUGGGAACAUUACCAAAGCUGCUGUAGAAGUAAUACAGAAAUCAGAUUCAAUUGAAGAACCAAAACAGUCGGAAAUAAAUUCAAAUAUUGAAGAGGGCGAGUUGGAAGAUGGUGAAGCGCCUGAAAAAGUAGAUAUAGAUGUUUCUGAGGUAAAUAAAUCUGAGAUAGUUGUUGCUUCAACAGCUAAUUCAACAGAAACUAUUGAAGAUAUGCCAACCGAAAUUAAAGCUUCUCAGCCAAGCGAUGAAGAAAAGUCAACUCUUAAUCCCCCAGCAUCUGGACAGAAUGAGAGUACUAGAAGUACAGAUAUAACUGAUGAUUUAAGUGAAAUUGAUAAAUCAGUGCCUAAAUCCAAGAGCGAAAAUGAAAAAAGUAAACAUAAAUCUAAACAUGAUCAUGAUAAAGUCAGUAAAUCAAAAUACGAUGAAAAAAAGUUAAAGUCAAAGUCAAGUGAUGAUGAAAAUUUGAAGGCUAAACUUAAAUCUGACGAUAAAACAAAAUCAGGUGGUAUUGAAAAAUCUGAACCAAAGUCUGAUAAAAGUGAUGAAAAGAAGUCGAAGUCUAAUGAUGAAAAAGAAGAAGGAGAAGAAGGUAAUUCGUUGGAUGAGAAAUGUAACAAUAAAUUAAGAGAAUGGAAUUCUCUCACAAAUACUGACAUUCAAAGUAAAAGCAUAGGACGCCAGUUAAAUAAUGACGCACCAAGUGCUAAUUCACGUGAAACUAAUCGUAUGCGUAAGCGUCGAUGGCUCACUAAAAACUCUGAAGACAUUAAAGAACCUAUAAUAAACAUUUCAACUGAUUCAUUAAAAACCUUGUUCUCGGAUGUACAACCAGUACCUUUAAGUGACAUUCAUUUAGAUUCUGCAACAGAUAAUGAAAAAGAAGAAUCAGAACGCGAGGAAGGUGAGGAAUCAUCUUCGUCAGAACGUGAGGUGAUAAUAAAAGAUAAUAUCGAUAGACCUAAAAUACUAAAACGUAGUCAAUCUGAUACUUAUACUGUGAAUCAAGGAAAUGGAAUCAGGAAGUCAACUGGAACUCAUAGUCCAGAUAGAUCAAUCUCCAAAUAUAGUACAAUACUUUUCAUUACUAACUUGGUGCGUCCGUUCACAGUUAUACAGUUAAAAAGUUUACUUGCUCGUACGGGAAAAAUUGUUGAAAAUGGUUUUUGGAUUGACCAUAUUAAAUCAAAAUGUUAUGUUGAAUUCGAGACAGAAGAUGAGGCUAUUGAAACAAGACAUGCUUUGCAUGGCGUGCGAUGGCCUUCAUCCAAUCCUAAAUGCUUAGAUGUUACAUUUGCAACUAAAAUACAUAUAGAAAAAGCAAUAGCUUCAACAGCCGCGUCAAACAAGUUUGGACAGGAUGCUAAAGAAAACAUUAUUGUUGGAAUUGGUUGGAGUCGAGAUCGAAACGAUAUUGAAGCAAAAAAGAGCGUGAGGCACGUACGAGAAUGGGAUGUUGGAAAACAGGACAAUAUCGAUACUGAUCCUAUAAGUCAUGACUUGGUUAAGCGUCGUAGCAGAGAACGAGAACGUUCAGUAAGUCGUGAAAAUAGCAAAACUGAUAGAACUCGUUCACAACGUUCUAGAGAUCGCAGAACAAGUAGUUUAUCGCCAGCACGGAAAAUACGGAAAAAGGAAAAUGAACCACCAUUGCGAUUGCUUGACGAUCUAUUCCGUAAAACGAAAUCAACUCCAAGUGUGUAUUGGUUACCACUUACAACCGAAGAGAUUGCUAAAAAGGAAGCAUUCCGUCUCCAGCGAAUUGAAGAACAUAAGGAGCGUGUUAAGCAAAGGGAAUUAGAGCGUGAGCAAGAAAAGAGCCGCCUACAACGUGAUAACCGUGAGAAAGGGCGCGAUAAAGAAAAGGAGCGUGAACGUGAUCGUGAAAAAGAGAAAGAACGUGAAAAAGAAAAGGAACGAGAACGUGAAAAAGAGAAAGAGAAAGAGCGUGAAAGGGAAAAGGAGCGCGACCGAGAAAAGGAGCGCGAAAAAGAGCGUGAACGAGAGAAAGAAAAAGAACGUGAACGCGAAAAGGAGAAAGAACGUGAACGUGAGCGCGAUCGCGAAAGGGAACGUGAUAGGGAUCGUGAACGUGAGAGGGAUCGAGAACGUGAACGCGAUCGUGAGAGGGAUAGGGAACGUGAUCGUGAACGCGACAGAGAUCGUGAUCGUGAAAGAGAUCAACGUCGAAAUCGCUCACGUAGCCGCGAUAGACGCCGUUAUUAAGCAUAAAACGCACUACAAAACUAGAAACUAUAUUUAAACAAAAGACCAUACCUACGGACACAACUGUCCGGUGAGCAUUUCUUUAUUUGAGAAAUCUCGUUUCAAAAACUUCGAACUAUAUUCAUUUUAAGUCUCGUAUUUAAAUUUCAACAUAUAUUUUAUAUUUGUUGUUAUUUUGAAGCUUACUUUAUUCAAAACAUUAUAUUUUCAAUAUUUUCUCUUCAGAAUAUUUGUAAGAAGUACAAGUUUUUUAUUCACGCAUAUAUGAUUUUUCUGUGUGUAUGUUUAGUAUAUUUAAUUACUAAUGUAAUAAACGUUAAUAUAUUUGAGAACAAAAUAUACAAUAUACACUUAUUUAAAUAAAAAAGUAAUGAAGUUUAAAUUUUGAAAAUUAUUUUAAAAAACAAUUUUGUAAUGGUACCAAAUAUAAAAACCAACAUGUUUAGAAAACUCGGAUCACCGGAAUUUAUUAGAUCUAAUAAUUCUUGCUUGGUAUUUAUAUGAUUGGAAAGGCUUCGACGUUUAGCUGCUGCAUUAAUUAAGUAAAAAACGUUACGAAGUAAUUCCGUGCUAAAACUCAAAUCGUAUAAACAUUAAAAAUACUCUAAUAUAUGGAAUAAUAAUAACUAUAUUUUUAACAAUUCACAAUUAAA